AACGAGCAGCGCGCAAAAGCCGCCGGCGCAGCGCGUAGACCUACCGCGGCACGCCGUCGACGCGCCGACGCGCCGACGACACCAUGGCCGACGGCGCCACGUCCACCAUUUCGCUGAGAGGCAGCGUCGACCUCGUCCAGGAGUUCUUCGAGUACGCGAUUAACUCGAUCCUGUACCAGCGCGGCAUCUACCCGCCCGAGGAGUUUCGGAGGGUGGCAAAGUACGGGCUGAGCAUGAUGGUCGCUAGUGAUGACGGCCUCCAGACCUACCUGAAGAAGAUUUUGGCCCAACUCAAGACGUGGCUUGAGGAGGGCGACGUCCAGCGAUUAGUCGUCGUCGUGACCUGUGUGGAAAUCAACCAUGUCGGGUGCACCCGACAAUUCUUCACUAAGUAAUUUCUCGGCGAUGACGCGGCCGACCUGGCUCGGUCGAGCGGCGAGGAACCGGCAUCGCCACGCCGUCGAGCAGGUGUCGCGUCGAUGGCGUGGAGGGCGACGCGACGAUUCAGGACGAACGCGCCGUAAAAUUUUGAUUUCCACACAGGUCGUGACGGGCGUCGAGACCAACGAAACGCUAGAACGGUGGACCUUCGCCGUGAACGCCUGCGACACGGAGAACGCCGCGCCAUCAACCGCGGGAGACAUCAAGGCCAUUACCAAACAGAUCCAGGCCAUCAUCCGCCAGAUUACCGCAAGCGUGACGUUCCUGCCUUUACUAGACGAGGCCUGCGCCUUCGAUCUGCUCGUGUACACGCGGAAGACGGCGGCCGUGCCGGGCGCGUGGGAGGACUCGGACCCGAAGUACAUCGCCGACUCGCAAGAAGUGAAAUUGCGGUCGUUCACGACGUCCGUGCACUCCGUCGAGGCGGCGGUGGCGUACAAGGACCACGACGCCUGAGUAGUCGUGGGCUAAGGUCGAAGUGUUUUAUAUAUCGUGGUUCCGCGUCGAGGGGGGCAGCACCUGCCGGCGG